AUGUCAGACAGACCCAUGUCCGAGAAACACCGGGAACUUCUGAGGAAGAACUACGUCCCCAUCUCACGUGACCUGCACGCUAACCACGUCAUUCCCUACCUGUACCAGGAAGGGGUCCUGACGGAGGAGAUGAAGCAGAGGCUGGACUCUAUCCCUGACGAGAGGCGACAGGAGAAGUCCAGGAAACUCCUGGACAUGUUACCCACACGAGGACACAGGGCCUUUACUGUCUUCAAGACAUCAAUGGAGGAAUCUGGAUUCCCUUUCCUGGCCAAACUUCUCGACGAGCCUCCACCGCCAGAGCUGCCUAAGAAUAUCGAAGGUGCUGAGUCAGCGGUCUCAAUCGAAGACGUUCCGGACGGACCUCUGAAGUGGCUUCGUCUUAAGUUUCAACCCUACAAGUCUUCUGCCUCGGCACAGAAGAUGAUACGAGGUUGUGAAGCCCUGGAAUUGGGGGCGAAACUUCUCGGCGACAGCGACUACGAGGAACCAGAGGGCGUGGUGAAGAUAGUAGAAGGGUUCAUGAUUCAAGAGCGCCUCAAUCCGCGAAGUCUGAACCGCGUUCUCUACAAGUCUGACCACCUGGACUUAAAUCAGGAACGCUUGGGGGCGCUUUUAACCAGUAUGGAGGACAAAAACCGUGCCUUCAGUUCCUGUUUGCUCCUCCAGGCGGCGCCCCUUCCCGUUGACGAGAAUCGAGCUGCGGAAAUCAGGAAGGUCCUGCAAGUCAUCUUGAAGAAAGGAGAAGUCGACCCUCUUCACAAGUAUCUCCACCACGUCUACUGCAUGCUGGGUGGAACGAUUCUAGAGAUGAACUAUGAUGACCCAUCCCCAGCCUUGCCAGCUUGUACCAGCGCUCUUACCUACAGGCAAGACUACGCCCUAGCCGUGCACCUUGCAGCCGAAUGUUCCAUGGUCCUCUCGCCGGCUGAUGCAGUGGAACAGUUCCACCGCUACCUUCAGCUGGCCCCGCCGUGCGACAAGCGGUUCCACUGGGCGCACUACUUUCUCGCCAUCCUAUACAGCCGCCAGUCGGAGCAAGAAAAGGCAGAGGAACACUAUAAACUGGCCACGGAAAAGGAGAAAAAUCUGCUCCCUUCGUAUAAGGUUGGGUGGGCGAAGGAGCAAGCACAGAUGGUCCUGUCAGAAGUGCCUACUCCGUGAUGAGUACCGUUAAGGAAAUGUCUAGAGUUAGGUGUUCAAGGGUUAGUUGUAACAAGUCGUUCGGUGUAAU